AUGGGGAUCUUGAUGUCCGCUGCACAAGCAGCGCCGGCUCUAUUCUCCGCCAUUCCGUUCUACUUCACCCUCAUCGUGCCCAUCCUAGUAGCCGCCGCAGCAACUUACCUCUCACGCCGCCGCCUCCUGGCCUCGACACACACUCGCCCGACUGAGGACCCCUACGCCCCCGUCUCCGUCAACUACUUCCCGUCCCGCGAGUGCAACUACGCCUGCGGCUUCUGCUUCCACACCAACACCUCGGGCUACAUCCUGCCCCUGGGCGAGGCCAAGCGCGGCCUGCGCCUCCUCCGGGACGCCGGCAUGCGCAAGCUCAACAUCGCCGGCGGGGAGCCCUUCCUGCACCCGGCGUUCCUGGGCGAGCUCCUGCGGUACUGCAAGGAGGGCCUGGGCCUCGAGAGCGUGAGCAUCAUCAGCAACGGGAGCAAGAUCCGGGAGGGGUUCCUCCGGGAGUACGGCCGGUACCUGGACAUCCUGGCCGUCUCCUGCGACUCGUUUGUGCAGGAGACGAACGGGGCGAUCGGGCGCGGGGAGAAUGGCCAGGGGGACGGCGGCCACGUGGAGCAGGUGUUCCGCAUUGCCGGGUGGUGCAGGGAGUACGGCAUCAUGUUCAAGCUCAACACCGUCGUCAAUACCUUCAAUUGGGACGAAGACAUGGCGGGCCAGAUCGCGCAGCUGGCGCCGUUCCGGUGGAAGGUCUUCCAGUGCCUGAUCGUCGAGGGCGAGAACGACGACGAGACGCGGGUGCGCGACGCGAGGAGGUUCCUCAUCUCGCAGGAGCAGUGGGAGACGUUCUGCGACAGGCACAAGCACCUGCCGUGCUACGUGCCCGAGGACAACCAGACCAUGGCCGGGAGCUAUCUGUUGCUGGACGAGCGUAUGCGCUUCCUGGACAAGGGCGAUGGGCCGAUGAAGAAGAGCGACUCAUUGCUGGAUGUCGGGGUGAAGAAGGCCAUGCAGCAAGUCGCGUGGGACAAGGAGGCGUUUGACAAGAGAGGUGGGAUCUACGAGUGGCGGAAACCACAGACAGCGGGCAGUAUUGAAGGAGGUUGUGAUGGCGAUAAUAAGAAGGAGCUGGAGUGGUAG